AAAAGGUCGCAGCCCCGUCGAGUAGCUUUCUCUUUCGAUUUCUCUCGCCCUUCGCACCCGUUUUCCCGGGGAUUUUCCAGCCCGCGCCUGCUUUUCUCCCAACCAGAACGGAUUGCUUCAAGAGGCGGAAAAAGACGGGAUUGGCCUUUCGCCUCCGCCAAUCAUCGCCCUACGACCCAGAAGCUCACCCAGCGGGGGAAUGUAACUCAGAGCUCGAGGAAGCGCCCGCGGGGGACACUUUUCCCGGGAGAAGCGAAAGUAGCUGCUGCCGCCUUUCGUCCGCCUGUGCGCUUUGGCCACCUGCUCUUCUUAGGAUGAGGGGGCUGCUCUCAGGCUCCGUGCCCACCUGCAGGGCGAUUCUGACGGUUGCCAUCCUGUGUUACUGCUGCGCUAACAGAGCAGCUUCUUUAGAAAACAAUCUUUUCACCAUCCGGCAUGAAAACUCUAAUAAGUGCAUCCAAGUUAAAAGCCAGAGUCUAAUAUUAGGAGAUUGUGAGGAGACAGAUGAGAACUUAUGGACCUGGGUCUCUCAACAUCGCCUUUUUAAUUUGGGAUCCCAAAAGUGCCUUGGACUGGAGACUGUCAAGUCUACAAAUACCUUAAAAAUGUUUGCUUGUGACUCAGAUCUCAAUCUGUGGUGGCGCUGUGUUGGUGACUCCAUCCUUUCAACGGCUCAGAACAAACUAACAUUAAAGAAUGGAAUCCUCACUGUAAACCUAAGCUCUUCUGAUGCUUGGAGAAGAAGCAAUUCCAGUGAUACAAUUUGUAAAUUUCCAUAUAGCGAAAGUUAUACCAGGGAUGGGAAUGCUUAUGGAAAACCUUGUGCAUUUCCUUUCUUACUUAAUAAUACAUGGUAUCAUGAUUGCAUUCACAAUGAGAAGAAUCCAGAAGGUAAUUGGUGUUCCACAACUACUUACUUCAAUCAAGACGGACAAUGGGGCUUCUGCUUAAAAAGAGAGGAUGGCUGUCAAAAUACAUGGGAAGAGUCUAAAGAUUCUAGAAAUUGUUACCAGUUAAACACACAGGCUGCCCUUUCUUGGAAAGCAGCAUACCUCUCAUGUAAGAAGCAAGGGAGUGAUUUGGUCAGCAUCACAAGUGCAUUCCAGUUACAUGAUAUCAAAAAUAAAGAUGGAAUUGCAGAAAUAUUUUGGAUUGGAUUAAAUCAGUUGGAUGUUUCUGGAGGCUGGCAGUGGUCAGAUCAUACUCCAUUGACCUUCGUGAACUGGAAUUCAGAGAUGCAGGAUAUAACUCCACUAGACGGAAAUGAUUGUGCAGCUAUGAGUGCUGACACAGGUGAUUGGAAGAGUUAUCCCUGUGACACUCCACUUCCUUAUGUCUGCCAGAAACCGGUUAAUGACAGUGAACCAGAUUUCCCAGAUAUUCAGAACAAUGUUGAGAUUCAGUGUGAAUCUGGCUGGUAUGCGAACAAUGGAUUUUGCUAUAUGCUAAAGAACAACAUUGCUUCAUGGAAUGAUUCAUAUCAAUUAUGCAGUGAACUCAAUAGUAGCCUGAUCAGUAUACAUUCCUUAGCAGAUGUUGAAUUAAUUAUUACAAAACUCCAUAAUGAUACAAAAGACAAAAUAUGGAUAGGAUUACUAAAUAAAGACAGUCCAGCCCUGUUUAAAUGGUCAGAUAAUUCCAAAGUUAUAUUUACAUACUGGGAUCAGAAUGAGCCAAGGGUUUCCUUCAAAAGCCUUCCAAACUGUGUCUCCUAUUCUGGAAAGUUUGGCCGAUGGAACAUCCUACCUUGUAACAAUAAACUUAAGUUUGUGUGUAUGAAAAAAGGGAAAGUUUUAGAGGAACAAAAAUCUGAUAAAGACUGUUCCCCAAGUAAGGAAUGGAAGAAACAUGGAGAUUAUUGCUAUAGGAUUGACAAGAAUGAAGUCUUCUUUGGAAGUGUGUGCAAUCUUACUAUAGCAAACAGAUUUGAACAAGAAUUUAUAAAUAAUUUAAUCAGAAUGCAUAAUAAAGUUGAAGAAAAGUAUUUCUGGACUGGCUUGCAAGAUAUCAACUCAACAGGAGAGUAUAGAUGGGGAAGUGUGCAUGGAAAUAAUGACCUACUAACAUACACAAAUUGGGGUUCCCUUCAACCAGAAUUCCCUGGAGGAUGUGUGGCAAUGUCAAGUGGAAGCUAUCUUGGAAUGUGGAAAGUCAAGAAUUGCCAAAAUUUUAAAGCUUACUCUAUUUGCAAGAAAUACAUUGGACCAAAGAAAGAAGCAAAGAUUCUGCCGAAAAUCACUGACCCUUGCCCACAAGGGUGGGCCAAUGGAUCAGGUCUUGCUUGUUAUAAGUUUUUUCAUAAGGAAAGAGUGCUGAGAACCAGAACUUGGGAAGAAGCUGAGAGAUUUUGUGAAGCUCUUGGAGGACAUCUUCCUAGUUUCAGCAACUCAGAAGAAAUUAAGGAACUCCAUACAAUACUGAGAGAGAUCAUCAGCGAUGACAGAUGGGUCUGGAUUGGGCUAAAUAAGAGGAAUCCUGACUUUCUGGGUUCAUGGCAAUGGAGUGAUGAUAAGCCGGUCUCGACUGUUUUUAUGCCCCUGGAAUUUAGAGAAGAUGACUAUGAUCUUCGAGAUUGUGCAGCUAUCAAGACCCUUGGACGAAAACGCCGGCCAGUGUGGCACAUUUACCUAUAUCAAUAUAGAGAAGAGGAUUUCUACUUAAAACCUUUCCAUUGUGAUGUAAAACUUGAAUGGGUAUGCCAGAUCCCUAAAGGUAGUACUCCAAAGACACCUGAAUGGUACAAACCAGAUGAAGAAGGAAUUCAUGGGGCAACAGUGAAUAUUGAUGGGUCAGAAUUCUGGUUUGUGGCAAAUAAGCAUCUGAGCUAUCAAGAAGCUUCCUUGUAUUGUUCUGAGAAUGGAAGUGACUUGGCUUAUGUGACCUCCUUCACUGCGCUGAAUGGAAUUCUAAACACAAUUUUAAAAUUAUCGGACGAGAAUCAGAACUGGUGGUUCAAAUACAAAAUUCCAAAAACUUACUACCGUUUGCCCUUUUUUUCACACUAUUUUGACCACUACCCCAGAAAAUGUUGGCAUAUCUCUUAUCGAUCCUGGUUAAGAGGCAAUUCAUUAGAUUGCACUGCAAAACUGCCUUUCAUUUGUGAGAAAUACAAUGCAUCAUUAUUGGAGACAAGAGAACCAGGCUAUAAAUCACCUCACCUUAGCUGCCCUAAAAGAUGGAUUUUUUUCCUAAAUAAGUGUUAUCAAAAGGUGACUCCUAAGAAUAUGACAUUUAAUAAAGCAGAUGAACAUUGUCAAUCUUUAGGAGGAAACCUUCCUUCAAUCAAAAGCCAGAUUGAACAAGACUUUAUAACAAGCUUACUCCCAGGUCUGCCCCCAAAGAUUUGGAUUGGUUUACGUUCCCAGAUUCAUAUGCAAGUAAGCAGGUGGACUGAUGGCAACGAAUUAGGUUAUAUCAAUUUCCAUCCUUUGCUUCAAGGAAAACUAAGAGAAAUUCAGGUUGAU